AUGCCACCACCACUACUACCCCAAAGCUCCAAAGUGGAGACUGAGAAAGCUCAGUGUAGCAAGAUCGUGCCCAGUGAGGAGGACCAAUUUGAAAAGAGUGGAGAGGAUAACCAUACAACAUCUUCACCUUCAUCUCAAGACACAGUAAAAAAGAGAUCAGCUUUUGAAGAUCUCACUAAUGGUUCUCAAAGUCAAAUUGUCCAGUCGAAGAAGGAAGACAACACAGAGCUUAAGAGCCAUGUUUCCAAGAGGACAAGCAAGGAAAUGAGUGAAAUUACUCAUAUAAAAACUUCUAAGUUUGGACUUGUCACCUCACUGUCAAACAUGGAGAGACAGUUUAUUCUGGAUAUACCCACCAAGUCUAAAACACUAACUACUAAGGAACCAUCUGUCUUUCAAAAGACAUUAGUUUUCAAUGAGGAAUCUGCUACUGAAGAGACAAGCCUUGUGAAGAAGACAUUACAGAGUUGUGCAUGUCAUCAGGAGACAUUUUUAGUGGAGGAGCCACUAACCUUGCUGGAGGAGACUGAAGAUUACAAUGAGUUUGAUAUAGAGCCGAUGACUUCGAAAAGGAAGGAUAAGCCCAAAGAAGCAGACAUCACUGAGAAGAUGAUUGAUUUAAAGAAGCCUGUCACCAGGAAGGCAACUCUCACCUUGAAUGCGACUCUCACCUCAAGUCCAUUAUCUUUAAAGAAUAAAUAUGCUAUUCCAGAAGAGAAGCAUACUAUUCGAGGGAAGAGUUCAUUCAAGAAGAAAUUAUUAGAAGUAAAGAUGGUAACAAGUAGAGAGAAGUCAGUAAUUAGAAAGCCAGUUUUCAAGAAAAAGAAUCCUACCACUGAGAUGAAGUCUUUGUCACAGGAGCCCUCUUUACUGCAAGAGAAAUAUAAUGCUCAAGAGGAGGCAACCAUCUUUAAGAAGCCAUGGGUGUUACAAGAAAAUACAAAUAGUGAAGAUGACACAGAACCAGUUGGAUUUAAGGGGAAACAUACUACCAAUGAAGCAACCCACACAAAAAAGCUAUCCUCUUUUAAGCCAGUCACCCAUGAACAUGAGCCAUUGUCCUUUAAGAAGUCUACCUCCAAGAAAGGUGCCCAUUUCCAAGGGCCGUCUGCAUUACCAGAUAAGCACAUGGCGCAUGUGGCGGUGUCCUCUGUGGAGAAGUCCUUGGCUCUGAAGAAGCCCACUACUGAGGAGGAGGUGUUGCAUGUUCACAUCGCUCCAGCUUUGAAGAAGUGGCACAGGAUGGAAGAAGCCCCUGGCAUGAAGAAGCACUCCCCUUUAAAGAAGCAGCAGGGUCUCACUAAAAAGAGACAUCUCAAUAACCCUGCAGCGCAAGAGCCAGUCACCAGUGAGCCAUUGUCCUUUAAGAGCUCUACCACAGAGAAAGAGCCCACUUCCCAGCGUCCGUCUGCAUUACAAAAGAGGCACACUAGUCCUGGGGUAUUGUCCAAGUUGAAGAAGCUCCAUGCCCCACAAAAACGUCCAAUUGAGGAGGAGCCACAUUUUACAUUUGCACCAGCUUUUAAGAAAAGGCACAUCAUGGAGGAGCCAGCCUCCACCCAGAAGCCUUUAACUUUAGAGAUGCAGCAGACUGUUACUCAAGGGACAGUGUUCCAUUUAAAAAAUCCACUAGUAUUACAGACAGCCACUUCAGGAGCAGAGCCACUGACUAAGGAGCCAAUGCCCUUUAAGAAAGAAAAUACAGAUUUACUGAAAAAAAAGUGUGCUCCUCACAUAAUUCCCCUCUGGCCAGCACAGUCCGAGUGGCUAGAAAAGUUUAAUGACCCUAAGAAUUUGUUCUCUAAAAAGCCUGGAUCACUUAGGAAUGAGACUAUAACUAGCUUCCAAGAGAAUACAGCUUCACUGAAUGAAAAGUACUCCAUUCCACAGAAACUACCCACCCCAAUGCCAUUGGCCUCAGAGGAGAAGACCACCAGUCAAGAGUCAGGGACUUUAAAUGAUAACAAGAUACUUUUCUGUCCAGAGUUGGUUUUCCCUGGUAGUUCUGCUGAUGAAGAUCCAUUUAAAUUCCAGCAGUCUUUGAACUUGCAAGAGAAGACUGAUAGAGAAAAUGACUCCCACAAAAAACUGCUCAACUCACAGGACAGUGUUUCCGAAGAAGAGUCCUUUUUAAGAAAGCUCUUUUGUAAGGACGGAUAUCCUUGUACUGAGGAAUCGAGCCAAGAGAGGCCCAUUGCUCUAGAGCAGGAAUUUGUCUUUAAGAAGGUAUUGGAAGAGACUAGCAGUGGUGAUGUUGAUGAAUCUAGUCAUCAUUCACCACACUUUCAAAAGUUCUUCAGCACUAAGGAGGAGGCCUCUGAGGAACCUUUAAAUGUUCAGGAGGAGCUCAGCAUAGAGAAGAUGGCUGUGCUCCUGGAGCCAUUGACCACACAAGAUAAUUCUAUGAAGGAGGCUUUCCUCAAGAAGUGCACUGACACAGAAGCUCACUACAAGAAAUUCUUGACCUCGCAGGAGACAACCAGCAUCAAGGAAGAGGCAACUCUGAAAGGGCCCUUGGAUUCACAGGAGAAGACUGGAGCUGAGUUGGUGACUGUUCUGAAGGAGUUGCUGGUCAUAGUGAAGAAGCCCAAUGUGGAGAAUGUAGUCUUGACCUCUCAGGAGAAAGCACCCAGUGAUGCAGAGGUUUUCUUGAAUGAAGUAUUGGAAUUGGUGGAGAAACCUAAAAUUGAGACAGAGUCUACUCUGGAGAAGCCCUUGGCUUUGCAGGAGAACCCUAGCACUCAAACACAGGUGAGCCUGAAGGAGUCAUUGGCCUUAACAGAGAAUCCCAGCAUUGAGAAGGCAAGCUUCCAGGAGUCUUGGACCUUUGAUCAUAAGCCUGACAUUGAGAAGGAUGAUGGAACCAGAAAGACAUUAACUGUUGAGGAGUCUACAGAGACGUUGGCACUGAACGAGGGACUCACUGCUGCAGACCAGUUGUUCUUCACAGAUAUGCCAGCUUUGGAAGAGACUACUAUUAUUGAUGAGGAGGCUUUUUUCAAAUCAUUCCUUGUCUCUCACCAUGAGAAUAACCCUUAUGUGUCCAGCAAUGCUUUAGAAUCCCAAACAGACAAUUCCAGUGCUGUCAUGCCCAUUAUAGAGAGCUUCAGUCCUGUUAUGAACUCCAGUCCAUAUGAAUCUGAUUCUCAUGACCUUCAGUUAGCUGUCGGCGGAAGACAGCCUGAGAUAAUCAUGCUGGAAGACAGUGACACAGUGGAAAGUAUUGAAAAGGAAGAUGAGGAUCUAACACGCAACACUAUAUAUACCAAGGAAAUCUUCACUUACUUGAAGCAGAGAGAGGAAAAGUUCAUAGUCACGAAAUACAUGGACAGACAGUUGGAACUCACCAGUGAUAUGAGAGCCAUUCUUGUGGACUGGUUGGUGGAAGUUCAGACGUCCUUUCAGAUGAAUAACGAGACACUGUAUUUGACGGUGAAGUUAGUGGAUCACUACCUGAUGAAGGCACAGUGCAAGAAGGAUCACCUACAACUCCUGGGAUCCACUGCCUACAUGAUUGCAGCCAAAUUGGAGGAAUCCUAUCCACCUUCUCUGCCGGAGUUCCUUUACAUUUGUGAAGAUCUUUAUCAGCAGCGUGAUAUGACUUCCUUGGAAAUGAACAUCCUGAAAACCCUCAACUUUGACAUCAAUAUUCCUACUGCAUAUAAUUUUCUGCGUAGAUAUGCUUCGUGUACCCAUGCUAGCAUGAAGACACUAACCUUGUCCCGCUUCAUCUGUGAGAUGACCCUGCAGGAAUAUGAAUAUGUCCAAGAGAGGCCUUCAAAGGAUCUGAAUUCAUACUCCAUGGUUACUUGUUCAGCCAUGCUCAUAGCUGCCCUAUUCACAAUAGCUAGGAAAUGGAAACAGCCUGAAUGUCCCUCAAGUGAUGAAUAG